CGCGUCGUUGUUGAGCGCAGCAUGCGGCAGGCCAAGUGAGCGCGCAAGCAACGCAGUCGAGUCGAAAUCUAGAACCGAUACGCGACUCAACUCGGGGGGUUCAGUUCGAACUUCGCACGUGUGGCUGGGCUCGCGACCGACUCUCUGCCACAACACCACCUGUACGACAGCCCUCCUCCUCCUCUGCAUCCCCUGCAGCCUCCAGACAACCUCCCUCGCAACGUUUACGACGCCAGGAGCCUCACGAACACAAUACACUGCGAAUUGGAACGAAUUCGGUCCGUCAUUUCGGGAGCACACUAGUUCUGAGCGGCGACGGUCGGAAAACGAGCGUUUUGGAGCGGAACACGUCUCCCGUCAACGACGACCACGAACAAGAACGACAACAUCACUACCAUGACCAGCGAGCAACCAAAGCCAAACGUCCCUCCCGUCCAGGAGCACCCGUACCCCGGCAUGCCGCCGUAUCCUCCCUAUGGCACCGCAUAUCCCCCGCCUGGAUACCCCGUGUACUACCCACCUCCACCUGAUCCCAAUCAUGCAGAUUCUAACAACGGCGCGCCCCCUAGUCAUCCAUAUAUGUUUCCCUUCCCGGCUGGCCCAGGCAUGAUUUACCCGUAUCCCCCGCCCCCAGGUCAAGGUUUCCCGCCGUUCGCCCAGCCUCCGCCCAAUGGCGCUAACGGGGUCAAGCCGAAGCGGAAGCAAGUAAAGAUGGCCUGCACGAACUGUGCGUCCGCAUGCAAACGUUGCGACGAAGGCCGCCCCUGCGAACGAUGCAUCAAGUAUGGCAUGGCCGAUAGCUGCAUCGACGGCAUCCGUAAGGAGCGCCAGAAGGGCAUCAAGCGUGGUCCAUAUAAGCGAAAGAAUAAGAAUGCGAGCCCCGAGGACACGAGCCAUAUGUCCAAUCCUGACUGGCAAGCCAAUGGUUCCUCUGCCAGCCCUACUACCCCCGCUGGUGCUCCGAUGCACCCUAUGUCCCAUUUCCCACCUCCUCCAGAGGGGUUCUAUCCUUACUUCUACCCUCCGCCUGGAAUGAUGCCUCCCGGCCACGAUGGCCAGCCCGCUCCCGGCCCCCCUCCUGAUGGUAGUCCCGCGAAUGGACAGCCGCCCGGCCCGGCGGCGCAGAUGGUCCCGUACUACCCUAUGGCGCCCGGCUACUACCCCUACGGCCCGCCUGGCUAUCCGCCCGUCCCCGGAGCGCCUCCGCCGGGCAGUGCACCUCCGGUGCAGACGAUGGACCCGAGCGAGGCCACCAAUGGGCACGCGCAGGGAGAAGGGAACGGGAAUGGGAAUGGGAACGGGAAGAAGAGGGGCAGGCCAUCGAACGCCAAAGAGGAUAAGAGCAAGAAGACGAAGACGACUGACACUACUAGUAACACCGACCAGGGAGAAGAUGCCUCCUCCACCAGGAGCGACGGGACGUCCGUUGAGACCGACGCCUAGCGCGCCGUCUCUGGCUCUCUGAACGUCCGCACGAGCUCCUCUGGCCCUUGUCCGUGGUCGCGUUCUAGUUUACCACCAGUCACCAGCUAUGAAGUGAUCAACAACACUCACUCUGUCCUUGCCUUUCGUUCGCUUUCGCACGCACGCUACGCCGUCGUCAUGUCCCCUACGCAGACGCGCUAAUGCAUCACUCAAUUAUCAAAUCCUCAAUAUCAAAUAUCAAAUGCCGCUUUGCGUGCUCUCUAUCCGAACCACUGUUGUCGUAUUUUGCCUCCGACGCACUUACCCAAAUGCGAGUCUUCCAACGUUUUUUGACCUCCAACUCGGGUUCCAACGGGGAUGGGGCGGCAUCUCGCGUCGAGCCGAGUUCCACACCGGACCCGAAGCGUGAUCGCCGCCAACGUGAACGAAAUAACAGCGGGGGCGGGCGAGACGCUAGGACGGAACCGUGUUGUUGGUCAAAAAGCCGUUGGAGGCAAAAUCGCCCCGCGCUUUAACUGUUUACGUAUAUUGCUACUAUUGCUACUAACACCUAUCACAAAGUUUUUUUUCUAUAUCUUCGGAAUAUCUCUCACUCUAUUGUCGUUGCUUCGUCGUCGUCGUUCUCGUCGUUAACGUUCUGUUGUUAUCUCUUCUAUGGCUUUUCCCAUCUAUCGCUGCGGCCCGCCCUUGCCUUCCAUUGCGCCCGCUUUCGUACACGUUUCGGGCUCCUUGGGGGGCUUGCAAGAGGGUCGGUAUUUAUGUUAUCCUCUUCGCUCGUGUAUUCUACUAUCCCACCUUCCCCUCCCCAUCUGUGCAUUCUCGAGCUCGAGUCGUCCGUGAUACUUGCUGUCGGUUGCCAUUCGUGGUCUCCGCUGUAUAUGUUGUACUGUAUGCGCGAUCUGUUAUAUAGAUGCGUCAAUUGAAAAUGGCCCC